GUCCUACCUGUCAGGCUGUCCCCCUCUCAAGAACAACAAAUUACACCUAGGAGCGAUCUCAACUCUGACGUCAAUUUUUUCAAAGCAUUUGCUUACAAGAAACUAUUCUCUGCGUAGCACUAGCUGUCCUACACAUUAGAAUGAUUAUUGGCCACGGCACGGUAAACCACCUGCGUUGUUUUCUCAAUGAAUUGAAACAACUGAAGGUUUUUCAUUUUGGAGUACGGAUCAAGCUUCAAGACUCAAUUUCGAACGCCCUCAGACAUUUUAGUAAGGAUCCGAUGUUGUAGCCACGGUCUCAUGACAAACUCCCGGACUCGUAUGGCCACUGGGUCCCGAAUUUGUCACUCUCGACCAAACACGGCGAUGGCUUCAAGCUACCGCGCAACUACCCGCUCUACUAUCCAACUUAGAGCGUUGGUCUCCAAAUUCUCGCUGCGGCUUUCAGCAGCACAAAUCCAACUUCCAGUCGCAGCGCGCAAAAAGGUCGAUUCCAACGGGAGGGCCUUGACGCCAUCACCUCUAGCUGGGAACCUUACUGCCACGGGUACUUUCUCUAAGCAAGUGUUUUGGUGAUUGAGUGACUGAGUUCGUCAGCGAGUUGGCCGGGGAAUGCGUUGAUAAUGGCGGCAUUGCGAGGGGGAUACGCUCUGGUUCCCGAGUUCCUCCAGGGAACCUAUCAUCAACCUGUUUUGCUCCAGUGCUCAAGGCUGUCUUCGUACAGUUUGAUUGACACCUCCCAAUUUUACACUGAAUGUUCAAUCACAACGCUGGACUGCUAAUAACUUGGUAGGGGUCAACUAUCUCCGACUGCCGGAGGCUAUCUACGAAAUAGUCGAAUUCAAGUCUCAAGACGCGUCCCAAUUAUUGAGGAUAUAGGAAUCUGUUUGAG